AUGGUUGUGAAGAUUCGCGCUGAAAAUAUCGAUGGGGUUGUUGAAAAGCCAAAACUUUGUCAACCAAAAGCGCUCCAUGUUCCAGCAAUAAAUUUACAAGGAGCUUCCGUAAAAGAUAUACCAGUAUCAAAUCGAAUUAUAAGUCGUAUUUUACGUGAAGCAAACAAUUUGAAGCAAAAACCACUAGAAAACUUUACCAUCUUUGUUUGUAACGAUAAUGCCCUUUUUUGGAAACUCAUCAUGACAGGUCCGAUAGAUACCUACUACUAUGGCUAUACAUGGCUUCUGUCUGUUGAAUUUUCACAGGAUUAUCCUUUUCGACCACCAGACAUUCGAUUUGUCACGCCCAUUUAUCAUUGUAAUAUCAGCGAUGAUGGAUUAAUCUGUCAUGAAAUCUUACGUAGUCACUGGACACACCAGACAAUUAUCUAUGAUGUACUCAAGCAAAUUAUUGGCUUGCUUUCCGAACCAGAGCCAAAUGAUGCGAUAUCAACAGCUAAAGGUAAUCUUUAUAAUACAGCACGGGAAGAUUAUUACAAGGAAUUAAAAGAAUAUAAUGAAAAAUAUGCUAAGGCAACUAUCGAAGAACUCAAAAAACAAUAUCAACUUGAACAAUAUGACAUUUAA